AUGUCACUCGGCACACGGACAGCCGACCUCCUCGUCCUCGCCACCCAGGCGCUCGCCCACCAAACCUCCGCCGGCCAACACGCGCUGCUCUCCGCCGACGAGCGCAAGUCCGCGCUGCUGCAGCUGAUGGUGACUGUCGAAGUCGCCGCGAAGCUCGCGGAGGUGGCGCACGUGGAGGCGCUGGCGCAGCACGCCGCCUCUGGCGGGGCGGAGCGGGGCGACACCGAGGCGGUGACGGAGCGGAUCCGCGCCGAGACGGAGCGGAUGAAGGCCGAGGCGGCAAAGAUCGCGCGGGAGGUUGAGAGGGCCGUGGCGGAGACGGAGCGGCUCAAGGCGGAGGAGGGGGUGGUGGGGAGGGAGGCGGAGCGUGUGGGGAGAGAGGUUGAGAGGACGGUGGCGGAGCGGGAGAGGACGAAGGUGGAGGCGGAGAAGAUUGGGAGGGAGGUUGAGAGGACGGUGGCGGAGCGGGAGAGGACGAAGGUGGAGGCGGAGAAGAUUGGGAGGGAGGUUGAGAGGACGGUGGCGGAGCGGGAGAGGACGAAGGUGGAGGCGGAGAAGAUUGGGAGGGAGGUUGAGAGGACGGUGGCGGACACGGGAAGGUUGAGGGUUGAGGUGGAGAGGGUUGAGAAGGAGGUUGAGAGGUCGGUGGCAGAGACGAAGAGAACGAAGGUGGAAACGGUGGAGGUGGACCGCGUCCAGAGUGAGAAGGCGAGGACCGAGGCGGAUACGGACAGGCUGAGGGUGGAGGUGGACCGCGUCCAGAGUGAGAAGACGAGGACCGAGGCGGAUACAGAAAGGCUGAGGGUGGAGGUGGACCGCGUGAAAUAUGAGGAGGUGAGGACCGAGGCGGAGACGGAGAGGCUGAGGGUGGAGGUGGACGGCGUGAAGAAUGAGAAGUGGAGGACCGAGGCGGAUACGGAAAGGCUGAGGGUGGAGGUGGACCGGGUGAGGAGUUUGAAGGCGAGGACCGACGCGGAGACGGAGAGGCUGAGGGUGGAGGUGGACCGGGUGAGGAGUGAGACUGAGUUUCAGAGGGUGCUUAAGCGUUAG